AGACCUAGGGCAGGAAAUGCAGAUUCAUUUGGGUUAGGGCUGAAAUUGUAACAAAAAGCAAUUCCUCGAGUAAAUGCAUCAGAUAAAUCAAUUUACAUAAAGGUAUGAUGCAUUCGGAUAAAUGCAAUGCUAAUGGGUUUUAGAGUGGUCCUGUUUCCAAAGUCUCUGGGUUUUGUUACAGCUUAAUUGGUGCAGUUCUUAUUCUGGUUUAUUGUGCGGUCAGUGGACACACGUUCCGGGACUCUUUCGGAGGAAAUGUGUUUAAAAUCGGCCUAUUUAAGGAACUCGAGUCCUUGUUUCGUUCCCUCUCCCUCAUUUUUUUGCAGCAGCCAAGUUGGGCCAGGGACAGGCAAAGUUCGCCUUCUCCCCUUUGAGGUAUCAGCUGAAUGUCUAGAGCAGGUAGCCGACCGCCUUGGGGGGAGCCCACACUCUCGGUUUACAGAGGACAAAGACAAAACAGGCUGCUUAAUUGGCAGUAAAUAACUUGAUCUUUUUAUAGAAUAAGUGACUGGAGGAACACUAGGACUUUAUUGGACUCAGGAUUGGAGGCAACAAAUUAAUCGGUUUAGGCUAAGCUUUAUAAAUUGAUUCCUAUAUUAUACCCCAGUUGCUUCUCUUAUGGCAUUCAUUUGAAAGAGUGGGGAAUUUUUAAAAGCAGUUUUUGGUGACAGCAGGACUGGCUCGAAUUUAACUUGUGCUUCGCUUAAUAGUGCCUUCUCGCAUAUUAUCUGUACUCCCCCCCCCCUUGGAGGAACAAAGCGUUAGCAUUUAAAUUGCUGAUCAAGGGCAGAUUAGUGAGACCAAAGUGGAGAGUGUUUGUAUAGGAAGUUAACAGGCAUCCUAAAGUUCAAUGAUCUAUUAUUCUUGCCUGUGUCCUGAAAACCCAGAGAAAACACUCAUUGAUCUUCAAAAUGAAAUGAGAUUUGGAACAAUAAUGGGAGAUGGCGGUCACCACAAUGGCAUGUGAAAGGUGCUGCUUAAAAUACGAAAAACCAGUUUCGCAACUUUACACACCGCUCCCCCUCGCCCCCCCGCCAGCCACCUUGCCUCCCCUCCUACCACCACGUUCUCGCCUCCCGUCUGUUGGUCCCUCCCUCCUUUCCUUUCGGAAAACCGAACUAUCUCCAACUUGUGAACUGCAGCUGCACUCCCAGGGCAAAGCUCGGGAGGGAACGUGGCUCCGGCGGGGCCGCCGCCUCCCGGAUCCCCUCGGCUGACUCCCGGGGCUCGGCGGGGGCUGGGGAGGGGCCGGGCGCGGCGGUGGGUGGGUUUGACCCUCAUUUGCUGGAGGCGGACGGCGGAGGAGGGAGGAGGGGGCAGUGGGCGGAGGCGGGGGCUGGGAGGAGGCGCCGCGAGGGGUGGAGCGCGCCGCGGAGCUGGGCUCCGAGUUUUGACAGUACCGGAGCUGAAAUUGUCAGCAGCGGCGAGCGCUGGAAAGUUGAGAGGAGCUCGUGGCCUCAGAACAAAGCUUGAGAAAAACCAUGGUGAAUCCGGGCAGCAGCUCGCAGCCGCCCCCGGUAACGGCCGGCUCCCUCUCCUGGAAGCGGUGCGCAGGCUGCGGGGGCAAGAUUGCGGACCGCUUUCUGCUCUAUGCCAUGGACAGCUACUGGCACAGCCGGUGCCUCAAGUGUUCCUGCUGCCAGGCGCAGCUGGGCGACAUCGGCACGUCCUGUUACACCAAGAGCGGCAUGAUCCUCUGCAGAAAUGACUACAUUAGGUUAUUUGGGAAUAGUGGUGCUUGCAGCGCGUGCGGACAGUCCAUUCCCGCGAGCGAACUCGUCAUGAGGGCCCAAGGCAAUGUGUAUCAUCUUAAGUGUUUUACAUGCUCUACCUGCCGGAAUCGCUUGGUCCCAGGAGAUCGGUUUCACUACAUCAAUGGCAGUUUAUUUUGUGAACAUGAUAGACCUACAGCUCUCAUCAAUGGCCAUUUGAAUUCACUUCAGAGCAAUCCACUACUGCCAGACCAGAAGAUUGCGGCCUGCUCUGGAAUUUUGGUCUUCUACUCAAAAAAGUGUGAUGGUGCCAUCUGGAAUUAUCUGUGCUUUUCAGUAGCAUAAGAGCUCACUUCUCUUUAGUUGGAGGAAAAUUGAGUGAGCGUGGAGUUUACACACCGUUUUUCACUUCCCCCCAGUUACAUAAUUGGUGUUGUGUGUAUCCAUCGUGGAGGACAUUUGAUGCUCAUUUAUUAAAUAAGCUUGCUGGCUGCUGCCGCAUCUUCGUUCUGGACAGACAAAUUACCUUUCUCACACUGAGCUUCCACUCUGGGGAAUUAAGUCUCCACCACUUUAAUUAGCUUGGAAGUAGGGGAUUGCAGUUCCUAAUAGACUUGAGGCUUUUAGUAAGUUAUGGAAAGGGUGAACCAAGAACUUCCUGGGAAGCUCAAAAUGUCAUUUAAAAACCAUAAAAACCUAAUAUAUAUUAUUUCAUUUUGGUAAUUGCAAACAGAUUGUAUUUAACGACUGUGUGGAUUACUAUUUCUAACUUAGGCAUUGAGUUAGACUUGCCUUGAACUAUAUUCUUUAAUCUAUCACAAGUCAUUAACCAUUACAUAUAUUGAUUGGUAUGUUUAUAAUAUUCAUGAAAGUUAAUGUGACUUAAAUAUAGCGGACAGAGCAGAUAGAAAUGUUUCAGUGAAAAAUAUCUGAAUCUUGGUACAUAUAAUUUUUCAUAUACGCACACACAUCCCUCUAUAGGUGGAACCACUAUGAGUGAAUAGCUGUCACCUGGAGACAUCAGAAUAAUAAUGGUAACUGCCAAUAUUGGUUCAGCUUUUAUUAAGGGCCGGGUACUGUGGAAAGUACCCUAAUAUGUAUUAUGUAAUAAUCAUAACAGCUUUAUUAUUCCCACUUUAAAGAUGAGGAAACUGAGGCACAAGCAGUUUAAUUAACUUGCCAAGAAGGUAACAUUGUCGAGCCUAUUAACCCAAAACUUCCUGAAUAGGAACUUGGCUCCCAAUGCCCCCAUUCCUAAAAAAAAAAAAUAAAAAAUCCAUGGUCUCACUACUAGUCAAUUCAUUCCUUCUGGAGAGAAACUUACUUUUAGCAGAGUUAAGCAAUUCAUUGUGGAACUGUACACCAGAAACUUUCUGAGGGUCCAUUUACUGUCUCAUUUUCUCUGCUAGUAAAAUUGCAGAAAAUGUUAUGCUUUAGCUCUUCACUGCUGGAGUAAGUAGCAUAGAAAGCCUCCAUCAAGUCACAGUUGGAAAGUAAUCUAAUAAAAGAAGAUUAGUGAACGUGGAGAAGACAAAAGCAGUCAUGUUUGAGUUUAAUAUCUCUCAAAUUUAGCAUUUUAGCUAAGAUGCCCAUUUUUAUUUC